UGCAGUACUGCCAUAUAGCGCUAAAUAGAAUCUGAUUGCAACUGUGCUUAAUCGACAUGAUCUCGUACUUUCAGACACAUUAAUUGUUAUCGAUGUAUAUAUUCUAAUCGUUUAUAUUUUUGUAUAACAAAUAUUAUUUAAAUUUCUUAACGCCAGGCCUAAAUUAAUAUAAAAGUGUGUUAUAUUGAACGCAAAUUAUGAUAAUAUUAAAUUAAUAUUAAUAUUAAUAUUUUGUUACGUUCCAUUGUAUCUUUUUUAAUUUCACUAAUUGAUCGUAACACAUUUCGAGCAGCUUCACAUAUAAUAUACUUUGAUAUAAAAAGUAUUCAUGCCUUUUUGUUUGGGAAAUUAUACAACCCAUAAUAUGGAGGAAUAUGCUCUAGUAUCCGACAUAUCCGUUGUAGAUGUUUAUGAUAUUGCAUCGGAAAUAGGAAAAGAAUGUGAAAAACUCAUAGAUUCAUAUGGAGUAGACUCUGUGACCAAUCUUAUGCCAAAAGUAAUACAUGCAUUAGAAUUAUUGGAAAAUCUUGCAACCAAAAAUGAACGUGAAAAUACUACAGUUCAAGAAUUACAAGCAAAGAUUUCACAACUAGAAAGUGAUAAAAUUGAAAAAGCUGAAGAUAGGCAAAGAUUUGAAAAGGAAUUGGAACAAAUUGAAGAACAUUGGCGUCAAGAAUCUCGUGACCUAGUAGAAAUGGUUACAAGGUUACAAGAAGAAAAUAGACGAUUAUCAGAGGCUCUGCAAGAAUCACGUAGUGAUAGUCAGUACAGCAGUAAACAAACUUUUACAGCUAGUCAAGAAGUUGAUAUUGCAGUAUUGCAGCACUUAAGAUCUAUGAUAGACAAACAAAGAGACCAAAUUCGAGGAAGAGACAAAGAGCUGCUGCAAAAAAAUACAGAAAUAGAAAAUCUGACAGCACAGGUUGAAAAACUCGGAGUUGUCGGUCGAGAAUUAAAGCGGAAGCAGCGUCAGGCCCAAAUGCAAGCACGUGGUUUAGUAGAGGAACGAGCAGACUUCUUAGCCCAAUUGCAAGAUCAAAAUCGUGAAUUGAUAAAUCUUCGUGCCCGCCUUGGUUUAGCAAAAAAAGAAAAUGAAGACCUAAGUAAAUUACAGGGUUGCCCAGAUUUAACAAAUAAGGCUAUAUAUGAUCUGGAUGAUCCUGACAGACCAAGGUUUACUACCGCCGAGUUGAAAGAAAUUUUACAUGAACGAAAUGAAUUGAAAGCUAGAGUAUCAGAUUUAGAAGAUGAACUAGAAUUAUAUCGACCAAAGCCUGAAACGGUUGAGGAUGAUAAAGAUGCUCCUGUUCAAGGCCCCCUUCCCUAUGAACCAGAUGAUGCACCAUGGAAAAAGACAUCUGAAUCUGGGAUUCGUAAAUUUUUCCGGAAAAUUUUCUCAGAGUCUAGCAGUAGUUUUUUAGUUGGUAGUAGCCCACGUCGAAGUCUUUCUAGUUUAUCAAAAAUGGCUCUCUCUGGAAACAGUACAUAUGAUGAAUCUAUAUAAUGGUUUUUCAACGAAUAAUUUUUAAAAUCCUACGAAGAUUUAUUGAACAUAAUGUCUUUGUGUUUAUUCAUAGUAUUUUAUAUUCUAAUAAUGGUAUCUAAAUUGGUUUAAUGAAUUAAAAGUAUGUAACUCAUUUUUUUUGAGUUAUUAAUUACAACUAUUAAAUAACUAAGAAGAUUUAAUUAUAUGUGAUUAAAAAGAAUUAGACAAAAGCACGAUUAUUCAUAUAUGUGCAACAUUGCAUUUAUCAAUUAUUAAAAUAAUCUAAAACGAACUAUAUUUAAAUAUAUGUUAACAAUUGAAUUGACGUGCCUCCAAAGUUAAAAAUGUUGAUAAUGAUGCAUAUGGUAGUGUCUUAUUAUUUCUAUUAUUUCUAUAAUAUAAGUAACGAUAUAAAAUAUAAUAUUCUAGACAAAGUUAUACAAUCUCUUUAACUUGUAUAAAAAUCAUGCAGUAGCAUUUUUCUUUAUUAUAUAUUUAUAGUUAACACAAAACAAAUGUUUUUAGACACAAAAAGAUUCAGUUUUAUCUUGUUAGAAUAUGAUAAUUUCUUUAGCAUUUAAUACAUAAUAGUUACAAGUACAUGAAAUUCCAAAAGUACUGAUAUAUCUUUAUCAAUAUAGGCUAUCUAACGUUAUAAUAAAUAUAAAAAUUGUAUAAUUACAUAAAAAAUAAUUAUUGUUUUUUAAAGUAUUUAUAUUUGUAUAUCUUCGUUUUUUUUCAAAAAUAUUUAUGUCCGAGUAUAAUUUAAAAUAUUAAAUUAAAAUAAGUAUUCUUUUAACUAAAAUUUGGCUACAUAUAAACAAGUAUAUAUAUUUUUUCUAUAGUUUUAGUAAGAAUUUGGAUAUUAUAAUGUGUUUACAUUUUUUAUAAUUUGUGUGCCAUUAAAUGUCAGUGUGAAAAUAAAGGCAAAUAUUAUACUUAUAUAGAUUGUAAAUACUAUUUGAAAAUCAUAAACGUAGAUAUAUUUAAUAUAAUAUAUAUAAAGAUAUUAAUUAUAUAUAUAUAAAAUUACACAAGAAAUAAUAAUAGUAGUGUUAAUGUGAAAAUAUGCAGUCACGUAAAAUGAAGUUCACAUUCAACCAAUAAAAUAUAUUGAUAAUAGUCAUUCUUGUUAAAUUGAUAUAUAAAUUAAAAUUAUAAAAAAGAUAUAAAAAUAUAGUUCUCACUCCCAAUUUCAAUAAUCUCAGGAGAAACCUGUAAAAAUAUUAUUUAUAAAUAUUCUGAGUUUAAAAUUUAAAAUUUCUACACCAGUAUGUAUAUUGUCAUAUGAAAAUAUAAUUAUUAAUUUAAUUGUAAAAUAACAAUUGUUUUUUAAUUGCAAUUUUUUAAAUUGAUUAAAAGUUUCUAAAAUUUUAUAUAGGAAAGUUUUAUACUUUUCAAAUCCUAUGACAUAAAAUAAAAAAUUUAAUAUUUGUUAAAUAUGUAUUUUUAGACCAGUAUACAUACAUGUAUUCAAUAAAACUGCUUCAAUUUAACAACGUCUAUAAAAUGAAAUUAGAAAAAACAAGAAUAUAUUGUAGCUUAAGUUACAAAUAGCUAUAAAACAUAUCUGUAACUUAAGUUAUGUUUUGAAAUAAAGGAUAUGAUAUAUACAUAUUUAUUUUAUAAUAAAAAUAUGUUUCACACGCAUGUGCGCGUUUAAAAAUAAUUUAUUACAAUUAUUAUAAUUCUAGUCCUGUUACGUAUGCCUAUUAUAUAUGUAAAUGCAUUUAUCUUGCAUUAAUUUAACAAGGUUUUUAAAACAGCUGAUAAAAAGUUUAAGAUUUUGUUUAUUACACGAUGCUUUUGUAUACUAUACAAUCAGUAAAUCUAAUAUUUUUAAACAAUAUUAUCUCAAAAAGUAACAAUUUUUAUGAUAUAAAAAGAACCAAACACGCAUGCACUCACUCACACACACAUACCAAACAAAAUUUAUCUAUUCCACAUAGUUUCACAAUGUUUUAAAUAGAAUAUUAGAAUAUUAUAUUAAUCAUAUUACUUACUGUCACCAUAUUAUAGUAUAAUACAUAAUUUUUCUAUCUAUAUAGUAAUUUAUAUAUGUAACAUAUUGUAUUGUAAUUAAGUAAACAAAAAUUUCAUUUACACAUAGGUAACACAAAAGAAAUCCAUAAUUUAUAAUACACAAAUAAUGAAGAUUGAUGUUUGUAUUUUCUACAGAAAUAUCAUGAUACUAAGGUGAAAGAAUGAAAAUACCUUUUUAUUGAAUUUAGAAAUACAUACAUUGUAAUAUUUCCGACGAAAGCUUAAACUUUGAAAUAAGUUCCAAUACUUGUGUUAUUAAUUUUACAGUGGUAUCGUUAAAUAAUUAGUAAAAUACCACAUAAAUGCAGAAUAAGAAUAAUAGUGAUAUAGAAAAAAAAUCAUACAAAAGUGCCAAAGAAGAUAAGUGAUGUAAAUGUUUUAUGCACUAUUUGAUAAUUUAUUUAUAUUCUAUUAAUUCUAUUAGCAAAUUUAUUAGAACAAUUACAAUACUUUUCAAUAUAUUGUAACCAUUAUUAAUAUGCAAGAUUGAUGCCUUAAUGUUUAUAGAACUGAAAUAUACUUUACUGUAAUCAGUUCUUUAAAAAUAAAUGAUUAUGUUUUAUGAA